GCAUUAGUUGCGGGGGGGGGGUUGAGGGCUGGUUGUAGCCCGUCUGUAUUUCGUGGGGUCGUGUUUUUGGUUUGUGUAAGCAGUCUCCAGGCUUUGAAGAGCUGCAUUGCUGUUGCUGAACUGUAGUUCUGCCAAGGUUGCCAUUGUUUGUGUUCUGGGAGGGCAGCCGGUGGCCUCGCAGGAAGGCGGCAGGUCGCGCCGGAGGAGGGCUCUGGGUCGGUUCCGUGCGACUUCUUUCCAGGAGAGGUUUAGCUUUUCUCCGGCGUCUCUGAUGCCAGAACAAGGCCCCAGAAUGAACGGUUUCUCUCUGGGCGAGCUGUGCUGGCUGUUCUGCUGCCCGCCGUGCCCCAGCCGCAUCGCAGCCAAGCUGGCCUUCCUGCCCCCGGAGCCCACGUAUACCGUGCUGCAGCCCGAGCAGCAGCAGGAGCCCGGGGCGGCGGCCGCGGCCGGCACCCCCACGGGAUCGGGCACCGCCAAGCUGGCCUUCCUGCCCCCGGAGCCCACGUAUACCGUGCUGCAGCCCGAGCAGCAGCAGGAGCCCGGGGCGGCGGCCGCGGCCGGCACCCCCACGGGAUCGGCCACCUGCAGCCUGCACCUGAGCGAGCGGGCCGACUGGCAGUAUUCCCAGCGGGAACUGGAUGCCGUGGAAGUGUUCUUCUCCCGCACGGCCCGAGAUAACAGGCUGGGCUGCAUGUUCGUUCGCUGUGCCCCCACUGGCCGGUACACGCUGCUCUUCUCGCACGGUAAUGCUGUGGACCUGGGCCAGAUGUGCAGCUUCUACAUUGGCCUCGGCUCCCGCAUCAACUGCAACGUCUUCUCCUAUGACUACUCCGGCUACGGGGUGAGCACUGGCAAGCCCUCUGAGAAAAACCUGUAUGCAGACAUUGAUGCAGCCUGGCAGGCCCUCAGGACAAGGUAUGGUGUGAGCCCUGAGAACAUUAUCCUGUAUGGUCAGAGCAUUGGUACUGUCCCUACAGUAGACCUGGCAUCUCGGUACGAGUGUGCAGCUGUGAUCCUCCAUUCUCCCCUGAUGUCUGGAUUACGGGUAGCUUUUCCUGACACCAGGAAAACCUAUUGCUUUGAUGCUUUCCCAAGCAUUGACAAGAUCUCUAAAGUGACCUCUCCUGUGCUGGUCAUUCAUGGUACCGAAGAUGAGGUGAUCGAUUUCUCCCAUGGCCUGGCCAUGUACGAGCGAUGUCCACGAGCAGUGGAGCCCCUCUGGGUGGAAGGGGCUGGGCAUAAUGACAUAGAGCUUUAUGCACAGUACUUAGAGAGACUAAAACAGUUCAUAUCUCAUGAACUUCCCAACUCCUGAAGAAGCCUACUGAUUUUACCUCAGUUACUGUGAACGGAAGAAAUUACCUGGUUUUGCACAUGCUUUAACUGGAUAGCUGUAAUAGCUUUAUACUAUGAAGAAAUACCCUGUCUUGAGGGUGUUCUAAUCAAACAUCUGAUGAAAUUUGUCUUUUCUAUCUAGAAAUGAUUCUACUAAUGCACACAAAUAUGGUCAACUACUGUAAUUCCAACAAUUUUUAGCUUCAUUGCCCUGAAGGAAGUGGGAAUCCUAGCUGCUUAUGGGGACACUUUUUACUUAGUGCUGUAUUAAUUGAAGAUCAGUUUUCUCUGUCUCACUUCAGAUCAUUUAUAAUUCUGUCCUACAAAGACUUUUUCCCCACUGUGUUCUCAGAGUGGAGAACACAACUGUUAUGAGCUACAGCUUGUUCUGAGCAAUCAUGGGUUCAAUCUAAGGGAGUACUUUCUCUGUGAAGUUUCUAGCUGUGGUAUUGUAACUGGAAAGUUAUUGUGAUGAAGUUCCCCCUCCUUCCUUCUAGUGUUCUUUUGUUAACUUACUGAUCUUCCCAAGUAAAUUAUUUAAAUAUACUUUUACCUGAAAAUAAACAAACUACUAUAUGGGGCUAAAUUCUGUAACGACCUCUCUAUUACUUGUAUAAACAUAACUGGAAUAUUCUUAAAGGAUCUAGGGACAAAACUGCUUUUGUUUAAAAAUAAAUGUGUAAAUUUACUACUAGAAAACUCAUUUUAAUAUUCAGAUUGUCUGAAUAAUAGCCAUAACAGACAUUUCCUUCUGUAAAGCAUUCCUGUAGACUUUUUAAAAGUACUGUACAUAUUUGAAUUUACAUUGUGCAUAGAUUCUUAAUUGGUAGUUUUAAUUUAAGUCUAGUUACAAUAAACUGCAAAAUUCUGGUUUGUAUAUGAUUGAAUACAUUUUGUUAAAAUAUGUUUUUAUCCCUAUAUUAUUUUGCUAUUAAAGUUUUAUAAAGUUUCCAGGACAAAAAAAAAAUUUACACAUUUAUGUUUUGAUGACUUAUGUAACUAAAUUUUCAUUGAGCUGAUCUUUUUAGUUUAGAAGUAAUUUGAUUCUUUGACACUGGAAUCGCACAGAUUAUGCAUCAGAAAUGCAAAACACUUAAAAAUUGUUACACUACUAGGAUAGGUCUAAUUUUUCCAAAUUUAAAGGCCUUAAAUGUACUGUAAGCCUCAGAUUGUUGUAUAAAUUGAUUGCGAUUGAUUGCAGUUUGUGUCCUGUUGCUAGAAAGCAACACAGUGAUUGUAAUGGAAUAAAGGAUGCAUGGAUUAGAGCUUGCUCAAGUUUGGAAUCUUAUUUGGUGCAAAAUUUUCAUCCGUGAGGAAAGUGUAAAAACUUUACUUGAUAGAGUAAGCUGGGUAUGUAAAUCAAAUGUGCAAGAGGUUGUGUUUAAAUGGUGUUCAGCUGGUUCUUAGUAAUGAAAAAUCAUGAUUCAUUGCCUGGAAGAAAUAUGUGAACAUAGUUGAUAUGAAUUCCUGUAACAGGCUUGCAGUUAAUUUUCAGUGCUGCAAGUGUGCAUUGUCUUUGAUUAUUGCCUUGGUCCUAUUACUACAAGAGGGGAAAAACUUGUAUUUUAACUUCCAGGGAAAAUGAGGAUAUGCAUCCUGGUCCACAUGACCUGGGUCCUUAGACUGUGGAUCUGGGCAUCAGUGUUGUCUAGUUGUGACUUUUAACUGUCCUGAGCAGCAGGGCCCCCAGCAGUUCUCUUGGUGACUCUGCUGGCCAAAAUCGUCAGGUUUUGCCUAAUCACCACCUCAAG